UUUCCCUAGCAACCGCUCAACAGAUCCCGGGAGCCUCUGGAGGCGGCUGCUGCCUAGACCCUAAAGUACUCCUUUUCAACCAGUAUUUCGUAUUAUGAUUUCUCAAGAGAAGACAGAAGAGCAUCCUUUUGCAGAUAUAUUUAGUGAAGAUGAAAAUGAAAACAAUUUUUUGUUGUCCAAACCUGUUUGCUUUGUUAUAUUUGGGAAACCAGGAGUUGGAAAGUCAACAUUAGCCCGCCAUAUAGCACAGGCAUGGAAAUGUAUUCGUGUUGAAGCUCUAUCAAUUUUGGAAGAACAGAUUGCUGCUGAAACUGAAUCAGGAGUUAUGGUGCAAUCAUUGCUGAUCAGCGGUCAAAGCGUUCCAGAUGAACUCGUUACAAAGCUAAUGAUAGAAAAGCUGAAUUCCCUAGAAGUCUCUCACUUUGGUUAUAUCAUCACUGAAAUACCAUCCCUUUCUCAGGAUUCCAUGACCACUUUGCAGCAAAUAGAACUCAUUAAAAACUUAAAUUUGAAACCUGAUGUUAUAAUCAAUAUUAAGUGCCCUGACUAUGAUUUAUGCCGAAGAAUUUCUGGACAAAGACAGCACAGUAGCACAGGGUACGUAUACGCUAGAAAUCAGUGGGAUCCUGAGGUCAUCGAGAGUCGUAGGAAAAAGAAGAAAGAAGCCCAAAAAGAAGGGAAAGGAGAAGAAGAAGGAGAAGAGGAAGAAGAACAAGAAGAAGAGGAGGCAUUUAUUGCUGGAAUGCAGAUGGUGGCUGAAAUUCUCCAACAUCUAGUUCAGAGACCUGAAGACUAUCUGGAAAAUGUUGAAAACACUGUUAAACUCUAUAAUGAGAUAGUUCUUCAGUGUUUAGAAGAAAUAAUGGCUGAGCACGAUCCACAGUAUCUCAUUGAGCUUAAUGGAAACAAGACACCAGAGGAACUCUUUAUGAUAGUUAUGGAGCGACUGAAAUAUCUGAACCUCAGAAGAGCAGCUAUUUUAACUAAACUUCAGAGUGCAGAGGAAGAAAUUAAUGACAUAAUGGAAAAUGAAGAGCUGUUCCACACUCUCUCAUCUUACAAACUCAUCGCACCAAGAUACAGAUGGCAGAGAAGCAAAUGGGGGCGUACCUGCCCGGUGACUUUAAAAGAAGGUAACAUUUAUUCAGGAUUACCAGAUUUUUCUGUGAGCUUCCUAGGUAGAAUGUACUGUCUUUCAUCAGAAGAAGUAUUUAAAACAUUCUUGUUGAACCCGCGUCCCUAUCUCCUUCCGCCUAUGCCAGCACCGCCUUGUAAAGUAUUCGUAUUUGGACCUGACUGCUCAGGGAAGACAACACUUUGCAAUAUGCUUGCAGAAAAUUACCAAGGAAAGGUCAUUGACUAUGCCAAACUUGUUCAACCACAGUUUGAUAAAGCCCGUGAAGCAUUAAUAGAAAAUGCUAUAGCUGAGACCACCGAAACAGCGAUUAAAGUUGUAAAAGAGAAGCUUCUCAGAGAACUACAGGCUAAAAAACAAGCCGAGAUAACUUUAAGGGAACUUCAAAGACAAUAUGAGAGAAAGGAGGAUGAAGAGUUCCCAAUGAAGACAUUUAGGAGCUUAGAAGAAGAUUUUGCAACUGAGGAAGAAGUGUACCGUCCAGAAUCCAAAAGAAACAGCUCUUUAGGGGACACCGAGGAAGCCAAACCAAAGUCAGAAAAUGUCCUUUAUGAUCAAGCUGCGAAAGUCAAUAAAGACGAUGAAAAUGAAAUCAGUGGACCAUCCACAUCUAAAAGGAGUUCUGAAGACCCUGGCCAAGAGCUAAAGACAGAUGCAGACAAAGUUGAAGACUCAAUAGAAGAGGUAACAGCAACACAUCCACAGGUUCUUUCUUUGAUUGAAGACAAUAUAAAAGUGAUAAAGGAGAUGAACUUCGAGCACCCAUAUGAGAAGCAUGCUGAAAUCUUAGAGAAAGUGCUCAGAGAGGUCACGGAAGAAAACAAGGACAGGUUUCCUAAUAGCCCAAGGUACGGAGGAUGGAUUGUGGACAACUGCCCUAUUAUAAAAGAGCUGUGGACAGUCUUAAAUGACAAAGGAAUUAUACCCGAUUUGGUGAUCUGCUUAUCAGAUACAGAAAACAAUGGAAAAUGGUUACUUAAUAGGCUGUAUUUUAAAAAUAAACAUGAAAUUGACUCUAAGAUUUUAGAAAGAUUACGAGAUGACCUACAAAAGAGAAAAAAAGAGGAAGAAGCAGCAAGAGAAGCCAAAGAAGAGGCAUUAAGAAUAGAAGAAGAAAAUAAAAGGCUAAUGGAAGCUAUAAAUAAGAAAACAAAAGAAGCUGAAGACGCUGAUGAGGGAGAAGAUGAACUUGAAGGAGAGGAGUCUGAAUUCCAUGAGUUGGAGGGACUCGAUGCUGCGUCUGAGGAGAUCCGAGGGUCAUUGUUACCUGAAGAGUUUGAAGUACCUGAUAUCCCUGAAACAGAACCCGAAUUAGCACCUGAGCCUACUGACGAUACCUCAGUUGAAACAGAAAAUCCAAAAGAACCCAAAGAGGGCCUGGAAACCGAAGAAUUAUAUGAAACAGUUGUAUUGCCUGAGUUUGCAGAAGACGCUUAUCCUGAUGUUCCUGAAAUGGACCCACUUAAAGAGAAGAUUAAUUACUUCAACAUCAUGUGGAAACAGCUGGAAAUAAUCAUGAGUGAUUCUUUCCUUCAAAUUUUAAACCUGGAGAUUGCCAACAAAACUCCAAAGGAACUACUUCAAAAAGUAGUCGACACUAUGGAAAAACCUUUUCAAUAUACUGCGUGGGAAUUCAGUAUUGAAGAUUAUGAUGAAGAAACAGAAGACUAUCAAGCUGAAUUAGAAGCUGAUGAGGAAAUAGAAGAAGAGGAAGAGGAAGAGGAAGAGAAUGAAGAAAAAAUUAAAGAGAAAAGGAGGCAUCUGGGAGAUACGAAACACUUCUGCCCAGUGGUUCUUAAAGAAAACUUUAUUCUGCAACCAGGCAACAUAGAAGAAGCAGCUAAAUAUCGAGAAAAGAUCUACUACUUUUCAAGUACGGAGGCUAAAGAAAAGUUCUUGGAGCACCCUGAGGAUUACGUGGCUCAUGAAGAACCUCUAAAGGCUCCUCCUUUAAGAAUAUGCCUUAUGGGCCCGCAUGGCGCUGGCAAAACCGUGUGUGCAAGACAUUUGGCAGAAAAAUUGGGCAUUUUUCACAUUCAGUUUGAAGAAGUUCUUCAAGAAAAAUUACUGCUCAAAAUUGAAAAGAGAGUUGGACCUGAAUUGGAGGAAGAUUCAGAGGAAGAACAAAUUGCAAAACAAGAACUUGAAGAGCUUGCAAUUCAAGCCAAUGUUAAAAUUGAAGAAGAAAACACCAAAAAACAGCUACCAGAAGUGCAACUUACAGAAGAAGAAGAAGCAAUCAAAUCAAGCCUAAUGGAAAAUGAGCCAUUACCCUCUGAAAUUCUUGAGACAAUUCUUUCGGAGUGGUGGCUUAAGGAACCAAUACGUUCCACAGGUUUUAUACUUGAUGGUUUCCCACGAUUUCCUGAAGAGGCCCAGUUUCUGGGUGAGCAUGGAUUUUUCCCAGACGCUGCUGUUCUUAUACAAGUUGAUGACCAGGAUAUUUCUGAUCGUCUCCUUCCUUCCCAAAUUGAAAAGUGGAAAGUAAAACAAAAGAAGAAAUUUGAAAGGAAAAAACUCAUCAAAGACAUGAAGGCAAAAAUCAAGGAUGAUCUGGUGGCUAAAAGAAGGGCAGAACUUAUAGCAGAGAGAGAAAAAAAAAAGAAAGAAGAGACUGCUAGAGAAGAUGAAGAAAUUAGUGAUGAUGAGCCUGAAGAAGAUGAAGACGAUAUUGAGAACAUCCUUGAAGAGGAGUUUCCAAAAGAUGAGGAAGAAAUGAGUGAGGAAGAUGAAGAACAGGAAAUGGAAGCGAUUGAACGCCUGAGAGCGGAACUGGGAGAAAAAUUUGAAGCAGAUAUGAGUAACUUACAAUCUGUACAGGACGAAUUGGAGAAGGUUUUAAUACCAGUCAUUGUCAUUAAUGGAGCUCGGAAAGUCCAUAUUGUACAGUAUAUAUUGAGUACGAAACUGAAACCACUGGUGGAAAACCGUGAGAGCCUUUUUGAGAAAUGUUAUCCGAUAUCAGCACUCCUUGCCCAGAAAAUGCUCACCUACACCUAUAAGUAUAUAAGUGCAUUUGGCUACUGGGACCCUGUAAAGCUAAGUGAAGGAGAGACGAUCAAGCCGGUUGAAAAUUCAGAGAAUCCAGUUUAUCCUGUAAUCCAUCGUCAGUAUAUUUACUUUUUAUCUAGUAAGAGAACUAAAGAAAAAUUUAUGAAGAACCCAAUCAAAUAUAUUCGCCAACCCAAACCUAAGCCCACUGUGCCCAUUAGGAUUACGAUCGUGGGGCCUCCAAAAUCUGGGAAAACUACAGUUGCCAGAAAAAUUGCAAGCGAGUAUGGCCUGAAGCGUUUAUCAAUAGGAGACGCUUUGCGUUCCGUAUUAAACAACCACCCAGAGACAGAGCUGGCACUUAUGCUGAACUGGCAUCUUCAUAAAGGAAUGACAGCACCUAAUGAACUGGCUAUCCAAGCCUUAGAACUUUCUCUGAUGGAAAGUGCAUGCAGUACUGCAGGUGUUGUCAUCGAUGGAUAUCCUGUAACAACUCUUCAAAUGAAUCUCUUGGAAGCCAGAUCAAUCAUUCCCAUGAUCAUCUUUGAGUUGGAUGUGCCUUCCAAAGAGACUUUCAAAAGAUUGCUUCUGGAAAAAAGUGAACAAAGUUUGCCUUACCCAUUGCACAAUAGUGCACAGAUUGUAGCUGUCAAGAAUGCAAAGUAUCACAAAAAUAUUGGCGAUAUUAGGAAAUAUUAUCAAGAACAGCAUCAGAACUGGUAUGUGAUUGAUGGAUUUCACAGCAAAUGGUGGGUCUGGAAUGAAGUCAUGAAGAACAUUCAAAUGAUAAAUAAAUAUAUGCAGACAUACCUGGAAAGAAUAAAAGCAGGAAAGGCCGCCCGCAUUGACAUGCUAUGUAUCACGCCUCAAGAGCUGAUUUCUCGCCUGGGAGAAUUUGGACAGUACUGCCCUGUGAGCCUGGCAGAAACCAAUGAAUUAUUUGAUUGCUCUGGAACUGACUCCUUGGAAUUUGCAGCAGAGUUCAGGGGACACUAUUACAAAAUGUAUUCUCAAGAAAAACUGAACAAAUUCUUGGAGAACCCGGAAUUGUAUGUGCCUCCCUUAGCACCUAAUCCACUCCCAUCUGCUGACAUGAUCCCCAAAAGGCUGACGCUGUCAGAGCUGAAGAGUCGAUUUCCCAAGUGUGCUGAGCUCCAGGGCUACUGUCCAGUGACCUACCAGGAUGGAAAACAAAGAUAUGAAGCCCUAGUACCUGGUAGCAUUAACUAUGCUGUAGAAUAUCGUGAUCGAAUAUAUAUUUGUGAAAGUAAACAAAAACUCCAGAAGUUUUUGAGGUCACCGCUGAAAUACUGGGAUCAGAAGCUUCCACACAAACUUCCCCCGUUAAAGGAACCAAUAUUUCUCACGAGCCUGCCUUUGCCCGGAUAUCUGGAACAGGGUAUCGCCACUUCUCUGAUUAAAGCAAUGAAUGCAGCAGGAUGCUUAAAGCCCAAAUUCCCCUUCUUAAGCGUAAGGAAGUCUGCACUGCUAUACAUAGCAUUGCAUCUAAAAGCAUUUAAUCCCAAAGGUUCCGAAUAUACACGAAAAAAGUAUAAGAAGAAGAUGGAUCAGUUUGUGGAGAGAUGUGAACUGAUAACAUACCUGGGUGCCAAGAUGACCAGAAAAUACCAAGAACCUCAGUUUAGAGCCAUUGAUUUUGAUUAUAAGUUACAGAGUUUUCUCUCACUCAGAGAUAUAGACCCUAUUAAUGGCUAAUUUGAUUAGGUAAGUGCAGCCUGAAUCUCAAGAGUUCUCACAAAGUGAUAGAGGGAAAUCCAGAGAAAUAGAUUGAAAAUCGAGCGCCCUCCGAAGUUCUUUGUCCAUCUGAAUAACAGAGGGACUGGCAGUUCCAAAUGGGACUCCAAGGUCUGCCAGCUAAAAGGGAGUGCUCUUCUGUAAGUCUAAGUUUCAAUACAGCUUUAAAGUUUAUUGCUCUUUGCCGAAGCUUCCCUACUUUAAUAAAAUAGACAUUCCACUUAAAAUUCCAUUUAGACAAUUUAAGUAACUUGUUUCCUAUCGUACAUUUGUUUUUCUUUUUAACAUUUG